ACCACCAAGAGCUUUGGCUGUGUAAAGGUUCGCGAUUGGCGCGUCCAGCAUACACCACUUCCGCCAAACCAUCACCAGCGCCUCUUCACCACCCCCUUUUAUAUUUUCCAUGGUGAUGCUGCGCGUGCCACUGCCACUUGAAUAACGAAUCCGUGGCAAUGGCACCGGUAUCUGAUCGCAAUUAUUUCCCCUCCCUCCAGGACUGCCUGGCUGGAGAGGCGGUUCUUCUCUCAUGGAAGCUUGUUGCCACAGCUCUCUCUGAUGCCUCCGGCCAACGACAAUCAAGCACCCCCAUGUGCAACUUCUUCGCCGACGACUUUGUGCAGUCCCUGCUGAAAAACCCAGCGCGUGCAUUUUGCGCCCCGGACGAAGGCACGAGAAAAGAUUUCGAGACGAAAACAGCCCCAAUAAACACAACAUCAGCCACCGCCGAGCAUGUCGAUAUCAAACAACUCAAGGAGGACGCAGAAUGGCUGAGCAAGAACGGCAAGGUCAACCUGACAGCUGCUCUGCGCGUGGUUGUUGUCGAACGCCAGUCUCGAUCGACUAGACACUUGUUAGGCCCUCUAUCUGCCCAGGAUGCAACGAAUCUCCAAGAGGCUGCAGGUCUUAGUGAAGGACAGGGCACUGUCUUCCUGUCCAACCUGGGUGCUUCUGCUGCCCAAGACGCCGAUGAAAUCGCUGCGGAAUUCGAAAAGCCCGAAUCACGACGCCGACGUCUCUUUAGCAUAUUCCUAGAAGAACGACGAAGCUUUAUGAUGGCGAUGGAUUAUGCCAACACAUUGAAGCUGUACAAUCGAUUCCCCUUUCACUUUGACGGCGCCGACAAGCUCGGCGAAAAGUACAGAUUUCAGAUCAGCUCCAACCUCCGAGACGACAUCGACCAACUACUUCCUGCCUACUUCAAGGUUGUCACAAAUAGCACCAGUGUUAUAGAAUCGGGGCUGGCCUCCAUCACUGAUGACAGCACUGUCGUGUCCGAGCAAACAGAGAUCGACUUUCUGCAUACCCUCCUAACAGAGACAGUUCACGCUUUCUCCGUCAUCUACCAGCUUGUCGAUUCGCUUGGCGCACAUUUCCCACAGUCAAAUAUCGUCAACCAAUGGUUCUCUUUGAUGGAAAUGUACCGAUUCUUCGACUCGGUACAAGCUAUCCACCCGUCCAUUGCUGGCGCGAUUGCACCGCUAAAGACUCUAUGCUCAGCAAUAUCGAUCAUUCUCCUCCAACCUGCACGCGCUUCAACAUACUUUGCCGAACGAGAAGAAGAUGCGACCCAAGCGGACGAUUCAUACGACUCAUACCUCUUGUCUUCAGACGUCCUCGAACAAGUUCAUAAGAGCAUUAUUAAUGCUGCAAGCCUGGAUCUGGAAAGCGCUAGCCCUGCCAUCCUCGCAUGGACUCUGAUUUUGCAUAGAAUGAAUGCGUCGUACCACAACAGAACCGAGAAGCGCGACAACUUGCUACACCAGAAUGCUCGAGAAACGUUUGAAACCGGUGCUGUCAUUCGUCCGACUCUCGGUCGUCGCAACUCCGCAGGAUCCAUGUACUCCAUUGAGUCCUCAAAAUUUGAUGGUUUCCUAGAGAAUGCUACCACCCCGAGAGAUAUGCAAGUUGUUGAACAACUUGCAGCAAGCGUUACUGUCAAUGGUAGAGUUUUCGAUAUUAUUUCGGACAUGUCCGCGAGCCUUGGCCCUAACAACAGCGGCUGCUUGACUGCCUUUGUUGGCAGUAGAGUACGAAUAGUCUUUCUGGAACUGCUCAAAGUGUCUUAUCCUUUCGUUGGCUACCAGUCUGAUACAGUCGGCAGCUUGCUAUCUCUGCUCUCGCCUGGCCGAAAGUUUUGGGAUUUGACAUCGAAGGAAUCGCUCGAUGCCUCUCAGGACACCAUUCAAUCCAUGCUUAAUGACGAUCAUAUCAUGGACUUUUAUUUCCGCCAAGCGCUGGAUCGAUUCCCAUACGAAUUCUUGCCAUUUGUUGGCUUCUGUCGAUCGAUUUGCACUGCAGCCAACGGAGCUGGUGACGAGCGAGCUGGAGUUGUUCUUGACCUACUUCGUAGCACUCCAAGCAUAACCUUCACACUUCCAGAUGACUUCCAAGGAUUUGAGCUAGUCCAAGAGGAUGAGAACACCAACUCAUUUGCCCUGAUCGAAGAACUUCCUCUCAUCACACUGUCUUCCUCGUGGAAGAGACGCUACAUUGAUGACGAAGCUUACCGUUUACCAGUUGGAACUUAUGGUCGCUUCAUUACUGAUUCUGGCAAGGUCGCUUUAAUGGAAUACCCCCAUUCUGCAAUCUCGCUCCUCGGCCGUCUUCUGGAAAUUAGCCUUAUGAAGGAGGGUUACCAAAGCCUUGUCGGCAGUCUUCAACAGGAAGACGUAGCAGAAGUUAUUUCCCUAUUUGCCAUCAUCUUCCGCAUGGAAAGUCUUAACUCGGAGGGCAACGCUGGCACCCUCAUUAGCCAGGAUGAUGAUCUUCUCGCAGAGGCUAGCAGACACAUCAGUGGUGGAAAAGACAUUGUUACUGUUGUUUGCGACACCAUGGAUUAUUACAUGCAAGAUGAAUUGGCCAUGAACGAAGAUUCGGCCAUCAACGUCAUCACUGCUUGUAUCGAAUUCCUCGAUGCUGUUCUCCCCGCUCAACCGAGCCGAGUGUGGUCGUACUUGGCACGAUGUGAACUCCUGGGCACCGAAUCUCGUGCUGGAAAGUUGACCAAAAUCACUGGUAGUCUCGAUCUUGUAUCAGAAAGAUUCGAAUUACUCAAUUCGUCACUGAAAUUCUUUGGCGACUUGAUUGAUACUGCUCUUGCUUCUGGUGUCCAACGUAAGGCUGGCAACAACUCGUCAAGCCGACAGCAAGAACACAAUGCCUGGCUUGGAACUGCUGAUAAGGUUCUCUCUAAUGUCAGCAAGUCCAUUGCCCAUGUAUCUGUUGAUGUUUUUGAGAAUACUACAACCUGGCGCUUUGAGUCCGAAGCGAACAGGACCCUAUUGCUUGGCAGUGUUGCACCGAUUUUGGAUAAGCUCAUUAUCUAUGCGUAUAGCAUGGGUGACUCUGCCACCUCCGAAACUUUGACUAAAAGUCUCCGUCCAGCGGCAUCGUACAUUAUUGACUGCUUCAUCUCGCCGUCCUCCGGCACUCUUCGCUUCCAACCUAUCUUAUCCUCCUUCGUCACUGCCUUCCUCAAUACGGAAUCUUCAUUGUCACAAGCGAUGCUCAACAUUGACCGCCAGCAGCUGACCUCGGUGCUGAGCUUCUGUACGACUUUAUUGCGCGUCGCCAACUUUAUGGACAAGUCCUCUACGAUGCUCGAGUCCUAUCUUUUCAAGAGCUCAACGUUGCUCGCUCGCCUUUGCGCCACAUCCGAUAUCUUUCGCACCCCAACACUACACCUACUCCAAGCCCUAGUCAUAAACGCUGGCAAAUCCUCCAAUGAGCCCCCCUCUCUUCUCGGAUAUCUUGGACCGCAAGUCUCCAAGUCAUUCCUGAGUAUCCUAGCAACACUUGCGCAGCCUUUUGUAUUGCCUGAGGAUGUGAAAACUGUUUGGAAGUUCUUCUCGUCUAUUCUGAGAAAUCGCCAACAAUGGAUGUCAAACUGUCUACUCACUGGCCAAACGCCUCGUGAGGCUAUGAAGAAGGAUGCGAAGACUAAAGAAGUCGCGGACCAUGCUGUCUUUGCCACAGCUUUGAGUAAGCUCAAGGUUCUCGGCUUUGUGGAAACUACAGAGGCGCUAUCCGUAUGUGACUUUGUUGCAUCAGCACAGAAUUACUGGCCGUGGACAGUGUUUACGUUGCAAAAGGACACAUCAUACGUAGAGGGCCUGCGAAGAUAUAUGCACGAUCUUCGACCAUCGAGCGUCACGGCACGCUCUGAUGCCAUCAAAGCUAGCCGGGAAGCGAGAAUUGCUGCUUACGUUGCCGAAACAUUUGCUAUGCAACUUUACCAUGUGCGUCACUUGGGCAAUGCCGAGUCACUGGCCAAGAGUCUCCUUGGUGACCUGGACUACUUCCUGCGAGAUGGUGUUGAGGUUGCCGGAUAUAACAAAUCGUUGCAUGCCAACUUUGCAAAGAACUUUGCGAAGAAGUACUACGGAUGCAGUGUUGACAACUUCAAGAAGAGUCUUCUUGAACCCCGUGAACUGGGCACUUCAUACUAUUACGACCUUGCUCGCGCCGACAAGAUGCUGAGCUUUGAUGCCAACUGGCUUGGAAAGAAGGCGAACGGAUUCAAGAAUGAAAUGGAACUGGCCAAUGCGAACCUCGCGCUUGUAGAUGCUCAAAUUGCUCUAUUCCAUUCUUGGGAGUUCUUGCUAGUUGAGCUGAGCGCUGCUCUUCCUGGCGAUGCCACAGUUGCUAAGCAAAUGCUUCAAGUGGCCCAACAGUGCUUGAAUGCCAACCAAGGUGUACCUGGCCCAGAGAGCAUCUUCCUUAAGCUGGUUGAAUCGCGAGCCAACCUAGCUCUUGUGCUGAUUCAAAGAUUAGCUCGAUCCAAGUUACCUAUCAAAGACAUCAACCAACUCCUGUCUACCCUUGCUGGUACACUGAAUGGUGUUGAUGAGCCCUUUGCUAGCGGCUCCAUCUCAUACUACCGCACGCUGCUCAAGGCACUCUUCGUUACGCUGAGAGCUUAUCAGAUUCACGACAACAAGAGCGAUGGCGAAGGCCAAAGCAACCUGGCAAGCUCGACAGUUACAGUGACACAAAUUGUCCUCAACCUGUUGGAUAGUGUUGUUGGCCGAGGGUUUAGAGCCUUGGUCAGCCUGGUACACGACGGUGACAGUGGCAUUUAUCCCGAAGACUUUGGCCUCCUGACAGCUAUUACACAGGCUUGCCUCUGUCUGCCAAACAUCGAGCAAGCACAAACGCAAAUCCUCAAUAUUAUGGCGUCUCACGACGUCGUCAACGCUGCCACGUCACUGUUCUCGUGGGCCGACCAGCUUGCCAUCAACGGCGAUCCAGUAUACGGUGAACUUAGUGUUUUGUUUCUCCUCGAGCUUUCCACUAUGUCUUCCAUCGCCGAACAGCUUGCUUGUGACGGUAUUCUGAGCAAUUUGAUGUCUGCCAACAUCACCAAGUUCAUGCUUAAGACAAACGUGUCCCCCAACUCGGACGCUCCUGUAUCGCAACGUAGCUACGCAAUCUGGGUCAAGGGUCUGCUACCUCUGAUGCUCAACUUCUUGACGUCUCUUGGCGCAGCUGUUGCCCCCGAGAUUGCAUACAUCUUGAACCAGUUCUCCCACCUCUUAAAGGCUAGCAUCGAUCGUUUCGAGGCGCCGGGUGCCAGCCGAACAAGCACCAGAGGAACCGAACGCUACUUAACCCUCCUUGCGACAUCGGAAGCACACUCACUGGCCCUCUUGACAAGAGUCCUGACUGCUCUGCGAGCAAACAACAACCGCGACAUUCCUGCUGUGGAAUGGGAUGCUCCUGGCCUUCUAGAGAAUGUGGAGUAUUGGCUCUCUAGCAGACGUCUGCUAAAGGAACGUCUCCUCCCUCUUGGACAACGAGAGAUGGAGUGGAGAGGAACCAAGGUUACUGAAGACGGCUGUGACAACCUGCUCGAGCAAAAGAUUGUUGCGCAGCUUGAAGUCGUGCGCGACGUACUCAGCGAAGAGUUUGCAUCCUGAUUUGGUCAAAACUGACCACAACAAGCAAGUUGAUAGACGGGAGGAUGAACGGAUCUUGUUUGGGAACGAAAUCUUAUUUUGGGAGUUUUUUUUGUAUUAUUUUAGUCACAUGCAUUCACGGUAGACAGCAAUGAUAUGUUUUCUACGUUGACCUUUUGUCGAG